CCGAACCAGUCGUAUUCGAAUAGCAGCCGCCCUAGUAUGGCGUUGACUUACAUCCUCUUCCAAGUGGCGAUCGCCCUACUGGCGACCUUCACCUACUAUCUCCACCGCAAACUAACGUAUUUUAAGCGUCGAGGGAUUCCCUUUGUGGCCCCGCAUCUCGUCAGGGGAAACAUGCAGGAACUGCAAAGGACGAAAAACUUCCACGAGAUACUCCAAGAUCACUACAACAAAUUCAGGGAAAGCAAGGCACCAUUUGUCGGAUUUUUCUUUUUCCAGAAUCCCACGGCAUUUGUGAUAGAUCUUGACCUGGCCAAGCAAAUACUUAUUAAAGACUUCUCGAAUUUCUCGAACAAGGGUAUAUUCUACAACGAAAAAGAUGAUCCCAUUUCUGCGCAUCUCUUCAAUCUGGACGGUGCCCAGUGGCGUUUGCUAAGGAACAAACUAUCCUCGACCUUCACAUCCGGUAAAAUGAAGUUAAUGUAUCCGACCGUAGUGUCCGUGGCCAAUGAAUUUAUGGCCGUGAUGCACGAGAAAGUGCCAAAAAGCCCAGUUCUGGAGAUACGUGACCUGUUGGCCAGGUUUACGGUGGAUGUGAUCGGAACCUGCGCCUUUGGCAUCAAGUGCAACAGUCUGCGAGAUGAAAAGGCCGAGUUUCUGUACUUUGGAAAGAGGGCAUUGGUGGACAAGAGACAUGGUACUCUAUUGAACGGCUUCAUGCGCAGCUAUCCCAACUUGGCCAGGAAAUUGGGUAUGGUUCGAACUGCACCGCAUAUUCAGCAAUUCUAUCGCCGAAUUGUCACCGAAACUGUGGCGGUGCGAGAAAAGGAGCACAUCAAGCGCAAUGACUUCAUGGACAUGCUUAUUGAAAUGAAAAAUCAAAAGGAACUGACACUCGAAAAUGGCGAUGUGGUCAAGGGAUUAACCAUGGAGGAGGUUCUUGCCCAAGCCUUUGUGUUCUUCAUUGCUGGCUUCGAGACGUCCUCGUCCACCAUGGGAUUUGCUCUAUAUGAAAUGGCACGGAAUCCACACAUCCAAGAUAAGGUUAGGGCUGAGGUGGAGGAGGUCAUGGAGCAACACGGCCAAAACUUUACCUAUGAGUGCACUAAGGAUCUUAAGUACCUUAACCAGGUUAUAAAUGAAACUCUGAGACUCUACACCAUUGUGCCUCAUCUGGAUCGAAUGGCCGCCAAGCGUUACGUGGUUCCCGGUCAUCCGGAAUUCGUCAUCGAGGCCGGCCAAUCGGUCAUCAUUCCCUCAUCCGCCAUCCACCACGAUCCCAGCAUUUACCCCGAACCCUUCGAGUUCCGACCCGAGCGAUUCUCCCCCGAGGAAUCAUCUAGCCGACCCUCGGUGGCCUGGCUGCCAUUUGGAGAUGGUCCGCGGAACUGCAUUGGCCUGAGAUUCGGACAGAUGCAGGCUCGCAUUGGACUCGCUCUGCUCAUCAAGAACUUUAGAUUCUCCACGUGCUCGAAGACGCCCGAUCCUCUGGUCUAUGACCCCAACUCAUUCGUGCUGGGCGUGAAGGACGGAAUCUAUCUGAAGGUGGAGGUCGUCUAAGAAAUGGACUGAAAUUUCGUAAUUAAAAGCCAAAGCUUCUAAAAAUUAGCAGAUAAA